UUGUACUCUUUUGCGCUUGCGCAAGUUUUCCCCGGAAAAUGCUUGUGUUGUCGAUCAACGCUUUUAAAAAAAGAAAAAAAGGAAAACAGAACUUUCAAACAUUUUGGGAUUCUGAAUUGAAGAAUUAGCUCAAAUUACCUUUAUUAUGCUUUGUUCGAGUCGAAGAAAUGGUUUGUUUAGCUUGUAAAAGUCCGACAUUGUGUUAAUUUGUUAUGACAGCUAGCUUUAGUUUUAGCUAGGUUGUUGUGAAGGGUUCUUUCUGUCAGCAAGUUUCGUUCAUCAUGGACUUCACUCAGUUGGAGCAGGAUGCUGUAAAAUUCGCCAAAGCAGCAGUUACGUAUGACCAACACGCCAAAUACAACGAUGCUGUAUUUUAUUAUAAGGAAGCAGCUCAGGCUCUCAUAUAUGCUGGGAUGGCUGGAUCCAAACUAGAGGGAAUCCAGGAUAAAGUGAAUGAAUAUCUAGAUCGGGUCCAGGCCCUCCAUAAUGCAGUCCAGAAAAUUGACCCCCUGAAGUCCCGGCAGCAGGUGGAUCUUGAGCGGGCCCACUUCCUGGUUACUCAGGCUUUUGAGGAAGACGAGAAAGGAAACGACGAUGAAGCUGUUGAACUGUACACUCAGGCGGUGGAGUUGUGCAUUAAGACGUCAAAUGAGACUUCAGAUCCAGCUCUCCAGAACAAACUCAAGCAGCUGGCACGCCAAGCUUUGGACAGAGCUGAAGGUCUCAAAGAGUCUCAGUCUAAAUCCACUUCAGCCCAGACUCAGGACAGAUCUGGGACUCCUGGUACCAAGCCCGGUAGUAGUUCGAGUUCUGGGGGACCCUCACGUCAGUUUUUUCCCCUCGGGCCAGACUUCUCCCUCCAAGACCGAUCACAGCCCCACCCCGUCCGGCCGGUCCAGUCCAGCGAGCCCCAGGGCCAGCGCUAUACGUCAGAGGAGAUCGAGGUGCUCAGGAGUACGUCUACAAUCAACAACAUCGCCUAUGUGCCCUUCAUGAGUGUGGAUCUGAAGGAGCGGUUUGCCUUCCCGGUUCCUUUUUCGGACAAAACUGGGAAACUAGCACUGUCUCCCAAACAGAAAGCCAUCUUCUCACGCUGGGUUCGUCCAGACGAGAUCUGCAAUAAUCCCACCAUGAUCAUGUCUGUGUCCAGCUUCAGCAUCAAACAGACUGUGGUGUCUGACUGUUCCUUUGUGGCAUCACUUGCCAUCAGUGCAGCCUAUGAGAGGCGCUACAACAAAAAACUCAUCACCAGCAUAAUCUACCCCCAGAACAGACGAGGAGAACCCGAGUAUAACCCUUGUGGGAAGUACAUGGUCAAACUUCACCUCAAUGGCGUUCCCAGAAAGGUGAUUAUAGAUGACUUCCUGCCAGUGGAUUGUAACGGGGAGUUGCUGUGCUCCUAUUCCAGCAACAGAAAUGAAUUGUGGGUGUCUCUGAUUGAAAAGGCCUACAUGAAGGUGAUGGGCGGCUACGACUUCCCUGGCUCCAACUCGAAUAUUGAUCUGCAUGCGCUCACUGGCUGGAUCCCUGAACGCAUCGCCAUGCACUCUGACAAUCAGUCAUUCAGCAAGGAUGACACCUUCCGGAUGCUCUUCCAGAGAUUUCACAGGGGGGAGGUUCUUAUCACCACGGCAACGGGCGUGAUGACAGAGGAAGAGGGGGAGAGAUGGGGUUUAGUGCCAACUCAUGCCUAUGCUGUUCUCGACAUUAGGGAAUAUAAGGGAAAGCGUUUUCUGCAGUUAAAGAACCCGUGGAGUCAUCUACGGUGGAAGGGGCGCUACAGCGAGCGCGAUGAGAAAAACUGGACGCCUGAGCUCCUCAAGUACCUCAACUUUGACCCAAAGACAGCAAAGAAGUUUGAUAAUGGUGUCUUCUGGAUCACAUGGGAGGACCUCUGUCAGUACUAUGAUGUCAUUUACCUGAGCUGGAACCCUGCUUUGUUCAGGGAGUCCUCUUGCAUUCACAGCAGCUGGGAUGGAAAGCAGGGCCCAGUGAAGGACGUAUACAGCCUCGCAAACAAUCCUCAGUACAGGCUGGAAGUCACUUGUCCUGCAGGGGGCGCUGCAGUGUGGGUGUUGCUCACCAGACACAUCACAGACAAGGAUGAUUUUGCACAAAACAGGGAGUUUAUCACCCUGGUUGUUUACAAAACAGAUGGCAAGAAGGUUUACUAUCCAGCUGACCCCCCUCCCUACAUUGAUGGCAUCCGCAUUAACAGCCCACAUUAUCUGACCAAGAUGAGGCUGACCACCGCUGGAACACACACCUUCACCCUGGUGGUCUCCCAGUAUGAGAAACAGAACACCAUCAACUACACAUUACGGGUCUAUUCCGGAGGCAAAUUUUCCUUCUCCAAGAUCCCAAAUCCCUUCACUCACAUAAAAAGGAUCAAUGGUCAGUGGAAGGGCAUCAGCGCCGGAGGCUGUGGAAACUAUAAGGACUCGUACAAACAUAACCCCAUCUAUCAGAUUAAUAUGGAGCGACCCGGCCCUCUGCUCGUCGAGCUGCGAGGAUCCAGGCAAUACAGUGUUGGUUUUGAGAUGGUGACGGUGUCGACGGUGGCCGAUACUGGAACUGCUGCCUUCCAGAAGAAGAACAGUGGAGAUUACAGAUGCGGUUUCUGCUACAUGGAGCUGGAGCUCGUCCCAGCAGGAAUCUACAACGUCACACCCACCACCUUCCUGCCCAAACAGGAAGGGCCUUUCUUCUUGGACUUUGGCAGCACUUCCCCUCUCAAAGUCUCCCAGCUCCAGUGAUGGAGCAGCUCUGGUGCUGAGGAAGAUACUUAUGGAGGAGUAUGCAACUGCAGCGUGACUUCAGGUUCCGCUCUCUCUUCAGAGAACUCUUAAAUUCAUGAUCAUAAAAAUCAACACCACGAUCAAUCACCUGCGCCCGCAUGUGACCAGCCGACAACCCUUACUUACUUAUCUGUCACACGGAAUAUAAAGAAUCAAUACUAUCUGCUGGACUUUAAACACCCAACAGCAUAGGAGGAGGUUCGAUGAGCUCCAGGAGUUGCAGCACAACGUUUUCUUCUUCGCUGGUUCUCUAGAUUUAUCAGGAAUGCAUUUAAAGCUUAAUCGAUAAAAAGUGGUCCUAUAAUUGCAUAGUUUUUGGAGCUAUCAUUUCUUUUCUAAGAAAAGAAAAAUCGAAGGAAUUGCGCUGCAGAACUACACAAAAUAUCCAAAGUUUCUUUUACUCCCAGCUAAAACAGAAUGUGUUGGUCUCUCCUCAGAAAAGUAGAGGACUUGGUCCUGCAGGGUGAUUUUUAGUUUUUACUCUAAAGUUUAUUUAAGCAGCAGAGCAGAUGUAAGGGAAUGUCAGAUCCCUGAAGACCUGGAUGGGUUUAGAGCUGCAGCAGAUGAAUGAUGUCUCUUCACAUUGUAUGAGGGCUCCAAUGUGUUAAUGUUUGUCCAACAGAAUCUGCAGGUCUAAAAUGAUUUUGUCAAACCUGUGCUGUUUCCUUUGGUCUUUUUUUUGUUUUUUUUUCCUGUAAUGGUCACUUUGCUGAAGAUUCAUUCAUAGUCAGAGUCACCACUGCUGGUAUGAAAGCAUCACUUCCUUUCAUAAAUGAGUGCAAGUGAG